CCUGACAUCCAUCCAACUCUGUGAAUCCUGACACAAUGAGCUACUACGGCGGCUACUAUGGGGGCCUGGGCUAUGGCUAUGGCUCUGGUUAUGGAUGUGGAUGUGGCUGCUUCCGUGGCCUAGGCUGUGGCUAUGGUGGCUAUGGCUCUGGUUAUGGCUGUGGAUGUGGCAGCUUCCGUGGCCUAGGCUAUGGCUGUGGUGGCUGUGGCUGUGGAGGCUAUGGCUAUGGUAGCUAUGGCUAUGGUGGCUAUGGAGGUCUGGGCUAUGGUGGCUAUGGCUGCUGCCGCCCAUCUUGCUGUGGAAGAUAUUCUUCCUAUGUGGCUCGUGCCUCUGCCUCAAAUAUCUUCCUCCAUCUGCUCUCCAUAUUUGUGGCAGAUCCUUUCUGUUCUCAUGCUUUCACUGGCCUUAGAAAUUUAGAGCUGCUGAAGGACAGAAUGCUGCCAUACACAAUCGCACAACCUACACUUGGACAUCCAUCCAACUCCGUGAAUCCUGACACCAUGAGCUACUACGGCGGCUACUAUGGAGGCCUGGGCUAUGGCUAUGGCUCUGGCUAUGGCUGUGGAUGUGGUGGCUUCCGUGGCCUAGGCUAUGGCUUUGGAGGCUGUGGCUACAAAGGUCUGGGCUAUGGAGGCUAUGGCUAUGGUGGCUAUGGUGGCUAUGGUGGCUAUGGCUAUGGCUGCUGCCGCCCAUCUUGCUGUGGAAGAUAUUCUUCCUAUGGCUUCUACUGAAAAAACCACGUGCUCCUGGCCUGUCUUGGAAUCCUCGUUCCUCCCUUCUUUGGGUUAAUUCCAAGACAUUGUAAGGACAUCACAGUCUACCUGCAUCUAAGACUGCAUGGCCCAGAAGAGCUACCACAAGAGGAGGCUGGCUCCUUAUGGAACAUUGAAGGCAACAAAGGGGCAGCAACUGAGAAGCAACAUCCUUCUGUGAAAUGAUGCAGAAUCUCACUUCCCCCCCACAAGAACUCAUUGAAAGCAAGUUUGCUCCGCUCUUCUAUUCCAUGCUUGAUGUGUCUCUUACAGUGUUUUAAUAAACUUGUUCCACUGGCAUAACAAAACUGUUUUACUUCUCC